CUAAAUACACUAUAAAAUAAAUGGAACAGCUUAAUACUAGUAGUCUCUCUGGCACAGGAGGCCUUGAAGAUUUACCAACAGAAAUAUAUUGCAGUGCCUGUAGACUCAAAUUCGAGGAUCUGACCUCUUAUAAACUACACUUAACUACAGAAUUCCAUGUUUACAAUGCUAGGAGAAAAACAGCAGAACUCGCUCCUAUCAGUCAAAUUUUGUUUGAACAAAAGAAGAAGGAUCUGCUGAGCUGUCUAUCUUCCGAACAAAGCGAGCAUAACUAUUACUGCAAAGAUUGUAAAAGAGCGUACCAAUCUCCAGAAAUGCUUGAUCAGCAUCUAAAUUCAAAGAAGCAUAAGGCGAAGGCAAAGAAGAGUAAGAAGAUGAAGAACUCCUUCUCUACCCAAGACGGAGCUAGCAACUCAAAUCAGAUGUCUGAUCACCACUCUGAUAAUCCAUUUGAAGAAAUUGAUAAAACUCUUACUGAAGACUCGAAGAUUGAGGAGCCGAGGAAGACGACCAUGGACUCUUUGAAGAUCUGCCUGUUCUCAAACAAUGUGUCUAAGAGUGUCAAGGAUAAUCUGGACUACAUGAGAGUGAACUUUAGCUUCUACGUCCUAGACAUUGAUUGCUUAAUCAGUCUGAAGGCACUGUUACACUAUCUUGCAGAGAAGAUCCAUGUUGGGUUUACUUGCAUCCACUGCAACAAAAUCUUCAGGAGCUCAUUAGCAUGCCAGAAUCAUAUGAAGGAUAUGAGGCACUGCACUAUGAACUCUGAGCUAUUUGAGGAGGAAUACGAGUAUUUCUAUGAUUUUGCUCCAACCUACGAUGAAAACUUUGUUGGCAAAUGAUUGGAUGAUUUUGACCUCACAGAAGAGCCACUCGCAAAACCUCUCUCUGAAAAGAUUUUCAGCAAAGUCAAGAACGAAGAAGCUAAAGAAGCAAAUGAUAUGGAGCAGGUAGAUAACCCCAUGGAGGACAUCGUUGAGGAAGAUGGUGAUGGCGACUGGGAAGACAUCAAUGGUGAGGAAGUUGAAGAAGCUCAAGCCCAUGUAGACCAAGCUGAUAGCUCAGCAGGCUCAUUCCAAAAAGUAUCAGCUCCUUCUAGUUCAAGCUAUACUAUGAUUGAUCCCUCCAAGACUCAUACUAGUGAUCCUGUAAUCCAGGAGGAGGCUAAGUCUAUUGCUCAAGAGAGCAACCUCUCAGAGGCUGAGGUGACUAAAUUGUUGGAAAGGAGAAAGAAGAAUAGAUUUGAUUACCAAGUAGUGACAGAUACGUAUAAAGCAGCCACUGUGUUAGAUACAGGUGAAGUUCAAUUAGCAGAUGGAAGAAUUCUUGGACAUAGACAAUGGGCAAGAGAAUACAAACAAAGGAUCCCAGUCAGAGAUAUCAAGGAAGCUGCAAUUAUUAAGAGGCUAGGAAUUGAAUAUAAGAAGUUAGGACAAGAGGGUACUGUUUCGACGCAUUUCAACCAUCAACAUAUCAUAAAUCAUAGCAUGAGAAAAUUCAAUCUCAACAAAGAGUUGCAUAAACAAAAGAAACAACAGACUAAGGUUGACAAGAAGUCCAAUAAGACCAAGUUGACUCAUUUCAGAGACCAAUUACUGCAGUAAUCCAUUCAUUAGAAUACC